GUAAUAAAAAGUGAUACAUGUAUUGUGAAAAGAAAAUCAACAAAAACUGUAGCACAUUUUCAUGUUAUAUAUGUAUCUCUGUAAUAUCAAAAUUGAUAAAAACAAAAUAGUGAAAGUCACAUGAAUAUGAGCGUCAAAAAAGGAUAACCAGGAAGUUUACAGGGAUACAAAAGAUUAUCUCUUACUCGAUUACCUAUUUGUUUGAAGAUAUCUCAUUUUCAGCUGAUAAACCACGAAAUUUAGCAAGUUUAAAAUGUAAUGAAUGUUAUAUCAUCUCACGUUUUUUUCUUACUAACGUGUGCAUCGUCAAAAUUCAUUGACAAAUGGAUAACCGUGUGUCGGAGUCAAACCAAGGACCAGGGGAUCUGUUGCAGCAUGGAAGCCAUACAAAUAUGGAGGCACCGUUGAUACCCAAACGUGUAGCAACGAAGGAGCCGAAACCUUACAGCAAAGGUAUAGAGUUCCAGUACAAUCAAACCGAUUAUAACGUAGUACAGUUCUACGAGGAGUUUCACAGCUAUCUCCCAAAGACAGUCAUAGUAAGCGAGGGAUUUUGCGGCGAAAUUAUUGAAGACAUAUUUGACAGAGGACAGGUAAUUCGUAUACACGCAAUAUCCAACCAGCGACGGGUAGUGGCAAGGUUACAGUACGUCAGGCACUCUAUGUUGCUCAGUAUUCCAGAGUUAUACGAUCAGAAGUUAUGUAUCAUAAAACAAAAUAAAAAACGAGGAAAACCAAAACAGAUAUACACUAUAUUGAAGGAAAACACUCUUCCGAUCACCGUGCAAUUCCCCAAAGACCAGACAAUAACAGUAGGUAACCAAACGGUAAAUACAAACAACAUUCCAAGUUUAGACCUUAUCCAGGUAUUUGACGAAGUAUAUCUUCUUGGGAACUUUAUAAAUGACGGUGUGAUGAACCCAGAAGUAAUUCCCGUACCGCUGUAUCUCUCGCAGCUUCGUGUGUCCGUUGUUACUGGGAUCAAAGAUCAGUCGGAGGAAAAAUGGACAAACUACCAACAAACACUAGAUCACGAGGCCGCUGGCAUUGAAUUUGACCUUGAAUUCGGAAAUCCAAAUAUCGCCGAAUAUGACCCUAAUGCAAUUCAUUCCGAUGGGGUUUACACUUACGUAGAGCCAAGAGAAUACUCUAACAUAGUUAAGCUCGUGCACAAGACGCCUGUAUGCUUAAUUGACCUCUCCGAUGAGCAGAAUGGCGAAGAAGAACCUGGUUUGUAUGAGGAGAUUGACAACACAGCUAGAGAUAAACAUACUACAAAACAAAAGCCAAGCGAACAUAAGCAACCACUUGAACAACCAAUGUACAAAAAGGAAUUAGAAACAGCUAGCUGGACAUCCGAGUUACAAGAACUUUGUACAGAAUCAGCUAAAGAUGUACAACCAACCAUGCCAUCAUUCAAACCAAAGCUUUUAAAAUCUGGUACCCCUACUCCUUUAGCAUUACAACCUAAAGUGCAAAAUACUACUUCAGCCUUACAUAAACGCGAAGAAAAUGUAUUACAAAGAGCGCCACCUAUUCCAGAGAGAAAACUGGUCCCAGUUUUAAAAAAACCAAUUAAGCCCCCGGGUGAAUCACCAUAUUCAAAUGUUCUUCUAAAAUCUGGUACCCCAACUCCUUUAGCAUUAGCAUUACAACCUAAGAUGCAAAAUACUACUUUAGCCUCACAUCAACGCGAAGAAAAUGUGUUAAAAAGUGCCCCACCUAUUCCAGAGAGAAAACUGGCCCCAGUUCAAGAGAAACCUAUUCACCCUUCAAUUAAAUCACCAUAUUCCAACGUUCUUCCGAGAAGCCAAAUUUCUCCUACAGUACAUAUAGCGCAAGAAAACGAGCCAAGGCAAAAACAAAAUAUAACAGAGACGAGCACAUCUGAUGUUGAUAGCUGUAAAGAUGUAGCCAAACUAACAAUUGAAGAGGUGUCAGAGUAUAUGAGGAAACUUAAAUUGGAAAAGUAUAUAGACAACUUUAAAACACAGCUAAUUGAUGGUCGGACGCUAACUGGACUAGAUAAAGACAUGCUUAAAGAAGACUUCGGGAUGAAGGGAGUCGAGGCGCUGAGACUGAUAAACUUUGCAAAAGAUGGACAUGUACCAAAAUAAUAACAAGAUAUAUUUGCAGUCCACAUACGAUAAUCGAAACAAAAUAUAUACAAUGUUUGUAUUUUAAUUUGAAUUCGAUGAUUUAUAUUAUAAAAUAAUUAUGUAAGACAAGGUUCAUGUAGCAAAUACUCUCAGUUUACACACGCUGCAUCAGCAAACAUGUAUGUCAUGCGUACAGUUUUAUGAUGUAAUAUGCUUUACUCGGGGAUACCAUGUUAGAACCACUGUUGUUAUAUUCAUCUUUAUUAGUGGUGCAUUUUUCCGUGAUGUGUAACCUUAAAACUGGAUUAUAUAUAACUUUGUGAAUGAGAGAGAAUAAAACAUGAAAUGAUUAGAACAGAUGUGAAUUGCGGUUGCAGAAGAUUUGUCUUGGCAUGAAAUGAAUAGAUGGUGGCUGUUAUCUUUCAUGUAUUCAACAUACCCAUUUAUUAUAUAUAUUUGUAUAAUUUUGUAAAAACCUCGGCUUGUUUUUCACAAGUAAAUACGAACUGGCAGAAAACAAUUCCCGUAUUGUAAUUUUAAUCCUGUAUUGUGCAUGUUGCCGCACUGCUUUGUUUACCUGACACAUUUCUAUAAAAGGCGCACAUAAGAGACCCAUUCAUUUAUAUAUUAACAGCGAUAAACCUUGAUGUUACUUGGUCAAACAUUAAAAACACACAAACAAAAAUAUAGUGUUAUAUAAUUAUAAUAAAAUGUAAUAAGAUGUCGAUUAUAACAGUACUGUAUUCGGCUACCGUGGAUUUUGCUAGGGCGGAUUUUGCAUGCAGCUUCGUGUAAUUCGUCUUGGAAAAAUUCACUCGAGCCUAAUACAGUAUCCCAGGACAAUAUACUAUUAUGGUAAUCCUAUCUUAUUUCAUACACAAGUCAAAGUUAAGAAAAAAACUUGAUUAAUUUCUCUUAGAAAUACAAAGUAUGAAAUUCUUAAAUUUCUUUUGUGGAGAAAUGGUUCAAUGAAAAGACUUAAAACAAAAAAAAUCAUAUCCGAAAAUAUAUUUCUUUUUAUACUACAGUUUGACAAAUUUAUGUCUCAUACCAUACUGAUAAACGAAGAAACUGUAAGCAGAAAUUGUGAGAUGGAUUAUUCAUUUUGUUACCGUUGAAACUAUGUUAUGUAUCUUCUAUGUUGAUAUAUGUAACAUUGUAAUAACUGCAAUUAUGUUGAAUAAAUAUUAUUUAAACCAAUGAAAAGACUUAAACAUUUCCUGUGGAAAUUACAAUCUGAAUAGCGAAAGCAUUUACGAAAAUUUUAUUGUUGGGAUUAAAAAAACGUGUCGGUACAGUAUGUGAUCACUAAAAGCUAUGGUAGUAUA